AAAACGCGUUCUCGGAAGGAUCGAACCAGCAUACCGUUUGAUACAACACCACCUUCGAUGUCGAGGUGGUGUUGGAAGCAAAUAGUUGCGGAUCACAUUAGGCUCAAGGUGAGUCUCUCUCAUCUCAUCUUCCACUGUGGGUCUUGUAUCACGAGACCAUGUUAUGUAUAUGUCCGAGACUGCUAGUCUCGAUCACUGGAAGAGUCCGCUUAUCCAGCCGAAUUUAGUACAAGCAUGGAAUUGAUCUUUGGAUUGGCUACACACAAUCGCAUGAGCAGAUCCGUCGCAUCAAUGCCAUCUUUCCGCAAUGUUAGUGUUCCUGGAUAUGAUAGUGAGUGUUUUCUUCCGAUGAUCCAUCGAGAUUUCGAUCGUUCAGUAAUUGAAUGAUGAGUUCAAAAUUUUCUCGGGUACCAAAUAGACUGGCAGAUUCGAAUCCCAUAUAUUAUCCAAACUCUUGAAAAUCUGGAAACAUCCACACGCACACCCAUCAUGGAAGAUGAAUUUCGCCUUCCGGUUCUCAAUGCAGUCAAAAGGCUUACUGACCUUCUAUCAGAAGUGAGAUCUUCAAGGCAGAAUAACUGGCUGAUAAGAAAGGAGAUCGACCUUUUUGAUAGCUACCUGCAGGACAACGUCGAGGUUUUUAAGGAGAAGCUUCCCUUCACAGUCUCCGAGAAAAAAUUAGAAUCCUUGAGCAAGGAGCUGGAGUUGGCUGCUGAUGAUGUGCAAUUCCACCAUAGGCAGGGUUCAUUCAAGACAUGGAAUGCAAAGGAAACUUCACAAAGGCUUGAAGCACUCCAGAACUGCCUAGAUGUCUACUUCAAACUUGCUCUAGACGUACCGAAUCCGGAGCUGGAGUCAAAGGUCAUAUUACAUUCAAAUGAAGACAGCGAAUUCGUCGAUCCUAUCACAAACAAGCUCAUGUGUGAUCCUGUGAAAGGCUCCGACGACUGUACAUAUGAUCGCUGGACUAUCAUCAACACAGGAGAAUUCUCCUUUGAUCAACAGCGAGUGUCCAUCAGAAGCGAUGACGUCGAGCUACGGGAGCGUUUGUUCACGAAGUUUCACCUGCAAGGUGUGGAGGCCAUUUGCUCAGAGCGUCGCCGGGCAUAUCGGAAGAGAGCUCUCGAGUUGGCUAAGGAAGGACAAGAUGACGAAGCUCUCAUCAUGCUGGACAAUGUUCUGGAGUGGGACGAAGGUGACACUGAGUGCCAGAAUUGGCGUCAAGCCAUAGUGCAGACGUCCGAGUCAAUGGCUGGUCACGAGGAGAAGGCAACUCUAUCUGCCAUAAUAGCGGAAGAUUUGGGCACGGACUCGUCAUGUCCUGCGAGCCCGGAAAGACCUCCUUUUGGAUCCAUGGGGGAGGAGGCCUCGCAGCUGGUGGUUUACGAAGCGACACCGAUUGUUCUCCAAUGGCUGGUGGAUUCACUGGUGUAUCCUGAAAAAAAGUCGCACACUGGCCAAACAGAGCAUGCAGCAAAAGAAUUUGCAAACCUAGCUCAAAAAGAAGGGAACAUGAUCAUAAUGGCGUCGUUUCCCGGAGCUUUGGAGAGGCUUGUGGCACUAAUGUCGGAAGAAGUACCUGAGUGCAUCCAAGGCGAAGCUGCACGAGCGUUUGCUAGUUUAGCCGGCUGUAGGGACAAUGUUCUGAAAAUGUAUAUCGUUCCACACGCCCUUGAGAGGCUUGUUGGUAGGAUUUCUCGAGAUGGAAGGCAUAGUGUCCAAGAAGAAGCUGCCAAGGCAUUGGCAAACCUAGCGAGGCCAGAUGUGGAAGAGAACCCGGCCAGAAUUAAAAUUGCCAGAGUACCAAAGGCUCUGACGAGGCUGGUUGCGCUUCUGUCCAAGAGGGUGGCGCUGGGGGCAAAGACUCAAGCGCUAAGAGCGCUAGCAAAUUUAAGCGUGGACAUCGAAAAUGUGGAACUUAUUUGGGCCGAGCCAAAAGCUUUCGAGAGAGUAGUGGAGCAUCUGUCCAUCGGCAAUACGUCUCGAGGUCUACAAUACGAAGCGGCUAGAGUUGUGUCCAAUUUGACCCGGGGCCUAUCGACGGCCGAGAAGGUCAAACUGGCGGACUUCAAAGGAUUUCUCGAAGGGAUCGUGAAUCUGAUGUCAAAAAACAUUCUCCUCAGCAUAAGAUGCGAAGCUGUCGAAGCCUUCGUCAACUUGGCUUCCGAAAAGGAGAACCAGGAUCGGUUGGGCUCCUUCAAAGGAGCUGGCGAGAGUCUGGUAAGUCUGAUGUUCAACGAAGAGAGGUCGCUCAUCAGCAAGGAGGAGGGGCUUCAAAUUCAAGCAGCCAGAGCCUUCUUCGAUCUCAUUCACGAGAAAGAAGAAAACAAGGUGAAGCUGGGAGCCUUGGAUGGCGCUAUGGAGAGUCUCUUCUCUCUGUUGUCCUUGAAAGAGCCCGAGAACCUUCAAGCUCUGGCUGCAGCCACUCUAGCCGUAUUAGCAGAGAGCGACAAGAAUCAGGUGCGGAUGGCAAACAUCCCCCAAGGCCUCGGAAGGGUUGUCAGGCUCUUGACUCCGGGUGUUCCCAGGAGCGUUCAAUCGGGAGCAGCAGAGUUGUUCGCGAACCUCGCUGCUUCCAAGGAGAACAGAGUGACACUGGCAGUAUACCCGGAAGCUCUGCACAAUCUCGUCAGACUGAUGAACAGACCAGUUUAUGAAUGUGUGCACAAGCAAGCCGUCAAAGCCUUCAGCCUUCUGGCCAGGGAAGAAGAUAGCGUGGUGACAAUUCACAUCAAGGAUGUCCUGACUGCAGCUCUUCAAGGCCUGGUGGGAUUGAUGUCCACGGAAGUGACGGACAGCGUGCUGUUCGAGGCAGCGAGAGCCUUCGGCAUUCUGGCGAAGCGGCCCGAUUUUCAGGCCGAGGUGAUGUCCAUUCCCGGGACCCUCGUGACGCUCGUGGAUCUGAUGGCGGACGGAGUGAGCGAGCGAGUGCAGACCGAAGCUGCGGCCGCCUUCGCGUGCCUGGCAUCGAAAGACGAGAACAUGGAGGUGAUGGUGAAGAUACCGAACGCCCUCGAGAGAUUGGUGGCCCUGAUGGCCAUGGACAUACCGAAGCCCACCCAGCAGGAGGCGGUGAAGGCCUUCGCUCUCCUCACCUGGAAAGAUCAGAAUCUUCCUGCUAUGGUGAGAAUUCCAUGCGCCGUGCAGAGGCUGGUGGGACUGCUGUCCGCCGACGUGCCGGAGCCUCUUCGUUUCCAAGCCGCCAUCGCCUUCGGCAACUUGGCCACAUCGCAUGAGAUCAACACGCAGAUCGAGAGUCUGGAAGAAGUUCUGGAGAAGCUGGUGAAUCUACUAGCCAGAGAUUCAGGCACCACCGAGAGGCUGCAGGGAAAAUCUGCACUGGCCUUCGCGAAUCUCGCUCACGCCAAGGAGAACAAGGUGGCGAUGGCGGCCUUCCCCAACGCCGUCGAGAGGCUGGUGAAACUGUUCUCUCGAGAGGUCCCUGCCAAUGUGCGGGUCCAGGCCGUGAGAGCAUUUGCAAGUCUGGCCGAGGAACGGGAGAAUAAGGUGUACAUGGUCGCCUAUCCACUCGCUCUCGAGAGGCUGGUGGGCUUGUUGUCCGUCGGAGUACCUCGAGCUCUUCAAUACCAAGCUGCGAGAGCGUGUGCCUUUCUCGCUCAGGAGAACAGGCACAUCAUGGUGACCAUCGGCUCGUUUCCGGGAGCUCUCGAGAAGAUCACGAGCCUGCUGGCGAAGCAGGUGGAUGGGGAGGUUCAGGAGGAGGCUCUGAGAGCAUUUUGCCAUCUGUCGGAGGCGAAGGAGAACAAGGCGAAGAUGGCGAAUGCUGAUGCCCUCAAGAGGCUCGUUAGCUUGAUGGGCACCGGUGUGCCUCAGGUGAUCCGGAUUUUGGCAGCGCGAGCUUUCCGCAGUCUGGCUCGUGAGGAAGAGAACAAAGGCAAGAUGCUCGAAACUCCGGACGCUCUGAAAACACUCGUGGAUAUCAUGAGUACGAAGCUGCCGGAUGCUUUGCAGCAAGAGGCUGUGGGAGCUUUUGCUUUUCUGGCAUCCGACUCGGAGGAAAACUGCAAAAACAGAGCGAAGAUGCUGGCGUUCCCCCAAGCUCUGAAUCGUUUGGUGCAGCUAAUCUCGGACGACGAAGAGACGACGGAUGGUGUUCGAUACGAAGCAGUAGCGGCGUUUGCAUUUUUAUCUACCGUAAAGAAGAAUAAGGUUCAAAUGGCAUCACAUCCACAGGCUCUCCAAAACCUCGUGGGAUUGUUGGGCAGGAAAUUCGACGACAAGAUUCGAGAGCAAGCCAUAAGGGCAUUCGCUCAUCUGGCUUACGCAGAACAAAAUAAGACGAAGAUGGCAGGCCCCACUGCUCUCUCCAGGAUUGUAGAAUUGCUUUCAGUGGACGUGCCCGUAAGGGUCAGGUACGAAGCUGCGCUUGCGUUUUCUCACCUUGCAGCAGCGAAAGAAAAUAAGGUCAUCAUGGCAGCAGUACCCGGAGCUCUUCAAAACCUCGCAGACAAUUUAUCCGCUGUUGACGACAAAGAGGAGAAGGUCAGAAUAGAAGCAGCCAGUGCAGUAGCUCAUUUAGCUGAAGCGAAGGAAAACAGGCCCCUCAUGAGAAUGUUUGUAGAACGACUUGCAACGCUUGCCAUCUCCGACAAUCCCAUCGAGAGAAGGCAAGCAGGGAAGGCUCUAAGCCUGUUGACAGGAUGGAAGACUGAAGGUUGGAAUAUAAGAAGAAUCUUAAGAUGAUGCAGAAUCUGGUUGAAUCUUAUACUUUGCAUAAAGCUAGCAUUAAACUAGAGUUAUGCACCUAAGAACUAACCUCAUGAACCUCGUCGACCUUGAAGACGCCGAAUCUGAGAUUGACAACAUAUUUGCAUAGGGACUGAACCCAAUCCACGUCUGAGAUAGUAAAAAAGUUGACCUCACCUCACAGUUGGAAGUGUGAAGUUUUACAUACACCAUGAAAUCUGCAGUAAUGCCAAUGUAACCGAAAGCAGUCUAGCAUACAUGACAGUUUGUAUACUGCACUAAUUUCGUUCAGGAAUGAGCGCAGAUGAAAAGGUAUUACUCUAAAUUGCUUAUUCCAUUGUAUAAUAU